CGAUAGAGGCUGGCCCCAAAGCAUCCCUGCGUUUACAGUUAUUCCCGGGAAAAAAGUUUUCGCUUAAAAAAUUCGUAAAUUUUCUGUUUUUUCUCAAAAUUUCGGUAACUACACGCUUUAAAUAACCCAAAAUGACGGAGAAAGAAGUUGAGUACAUGGACUAUCUGACGGAAAAGGGGAUUUUGCCGAAGCUGCUGGAGAUAUUGAAGCAAAUGUCCGCGAUGGAUCCGCCGCCUGCGGAUCCCCUGAUGUACAUUCUGCAUGCCCUAGGAUGUCCGCUGAUUCCACAGGCCCAAAUGAAGGCUUUGGAGCGCAAAGUCUCCCGUGCCCACGACGAACUGCGUUAUCUGCGGCGCCUGCUCAUUGAUUUGGAUGGCGAGGAUCAGCUCUACGACAGCUAUAGCGACGACGAUGAGUACGUGGGCGCUGUAGAGGAUCCCAAUGAGUCCUACGAUGACUACGCCGAUGAGGCCGCUGCGCAGGCCCAGGACGAAGCUUCAGGGGCCACAGCAGAUGGUUCUGCCCAGGAUCAGCAAGAGCUUUACAAUCAUUAAAUCUUGCAUCCCAUCUCAUACCAUCUCCAGCAUGUUCGAAAUCACAUAAGCCGUUGAGCCCGUUUUAUGUCCUGGGAGCAUAUUUCUAGCCCCUGCAUGUGAGUUGGGUUUUCUAUCUUUCAUUUUCUAUUUUGUCAAACCAAGCAUUGUUAAAUUUUCUAUGAAAUCAUUGUUAAAUAAACGCCUUGACGUUGGUACUGUAGCUUAACGAGCAACUACAAUUAAAAUGUAGACAUGCUCGUGCGAAAAACACUUUAUAAAGUCUAUAAAAUGUAUUGAAUAUGUAGAAUAAAAUCAGGAUCAAGCUUGAAAAUAAUUAGAGUUGAUCUUAAAAUGAGUAAUA